CCCCUCUGCUCUCUCUCCCUCCCUCCCUCCCUCUCUCUCUCUCUCUCUCUCUCUCUCUACAUAUCUCUCACAUGGAGUACGAACUCGCAAUGGCGACCUACUUCUCGAGGACCAGCACACGGACACGCCGUUGAAUCAUCGUCGCCGCAGGCGCUUGGCGGCCUGGCUGGGAAAAAUCUGCUCGCAGAGCCAUGGAGGCCGGCAGGGCGGCGCUCGCGGAGGGCCUCAUCGGGAGCGCCAACGAGAUUGCGUCCAUCUCCGACUACGGAUGCGCGGUGAAGAAGCAGUACUGCAACCUUGCCCGGCGGCUGAAGCUCUUGAUCCCAAUGUUCGAGGAGGUUCGGGAGUCGAAGCAGCCGGUCGGUGAGGGGACGGCCGGCGCUCUGGCCUCGUUGGAGGAAGCUCUGGAUUCGGCCAAGGAUUUGCUUCGUUUCGGGAGCGAGGGGAGCAAGAUUUACAUGGUCCUAGAGAGGGAGCAAUUAAUGAGCAAGUUUGAUGAGGUGACGGCGCAUAUAGAACGAGCUCUAAGUGCAAUUUCCUAUGAAGAACUUGAUAUAUCAGACGAAGUUCAGGAACAGGUUGAGCUUGUUCUCGCACAGUUUAGAAGAGCCAAAGGACGGACUGAUCCACUGGACAUGGAACUCUAUGGAGAUCUAUUGUCUCUUUAUGAGGGCAAUGGCAAGGCUGCAGAUACAGCUGUCCUAAGUAGAUUGACUGCAAAGUUGCAAUUGACGGAAAUAGCUGACCUUACGCAGGAAUCUCUUGCUCUACAUGAGAUGGUUUCUGCUAGUGGUGAAGAUCCAGGGAAGAGCAUUGAGAAGAUGUCGAUGCUCUUGAAGAAAAUUAAAGAUUUUGUUCAGACAGAGAACCCUGAAAUGGAUGCUCCUGCAAAACUAGAAGGUUUGCCGCUGCGUUCAGCUGGAGAAGCAGCCGCCGAUGGAAACCACAAAGCCCCUGCUAUCCCCAAUGAUUUCCGCUGUCCAAUAUCGUUAGAGUUGAUGAAGGAUCCUGUCAUUGUUUCGACAGGACAGACCUAUGAACGCUCUUGCAUUGAGAAAUGGCUGGAAGAAGGGCAUGGAACAUGUCCAAAGACACAACAAACCCUCACCAGCACCUCCCUCACACCGAACUACGUCCUGCGCAGCCUCAUAGCUCAGUGGUGUGAAGCAAAUGGCAUCGAACCGCCUAAACGUCCCGCGAGCUCUCGCCCUAAUAAAGCUACUUCUGCCUUCUCCCCUGCAGAUCGUACAAAGAUUGAAGUUCUUCUCCGUAAGCUAAACUCUGGCAUCCCCGAAGAGCAGCGCUCUGCUGCCGGCGAGAUCCGCCUUCUUGCAAAGCGCAAUGCAGAUAAUCGCAUCGCCAUCGCUGAAGCCGGCGCAAUUCCUCUCCUAGUAAGUGUCCUCUUAACACCAGACUCUCGCACGCAGGAGCAUGCCGUAACAGCUCUUCUAAACUUAUCCAUAUGCGAAAAUAAUAAGGGAGUCAUCGUCUCUUCGGGAGCAGUUCCCAGAAUAGUUCACGUCCUGAAGAAGGGAAGCAUGGAAGCGCGAGAAAAUGCCGCAGCUACCCUGUUCAGCCUCUCAGUCGUGGAUGAAUAUAAAGUCACCAUUGGAGGCUCGGGCGCAAUCCCACCACUGGUGGCGCUUCUAAGUGAAGGUACCCAAAGAGGGAAGAAAGAUGCUGCGACAGCACUUUUCAAUUUGUGUAUAUACCAAGGCAACAAGGGAAAGGCUGUGAGGGCCAGUAUCGUGCCCACGCUAAUGCGACUGCUCACCGAACCUGAGGGUACUAUGGUGGACGAGGCAUUGGCCAUAUUAGCGAUACUUGCUAGUCAUUCCGAAGGAAAGACAGCCAUCGGAGCUGCAGAGGCGGUGCCUAUGCUCGUCGAGUUUAUCAGCAGAGGUUCACCGAGAAACAGAGAGAAUGCAGCCGCAAUUUUGGCGCAUCUUUGCUCUGGAGAUCAGAGACACGUAGUAAAGGCGCAAGAACUCGGAGUGACAGGUCCACUCACGGAUUUGGCACAAAACGGGACAGAUAGAGGGAAGAGAAAGGCAGCACAAUUACUCGAGCGAAUGAGACGGUAUGUCGAGCAGCAGAAGGAGGCUCAGGCGCAAGCUGAAGCCGAUGCUCAGAUUCACCAUACACAAACUCCCUCCGAAAGAGAUAGCUAACUGUUUAUACAAUUUUUCGUUCUCUCUCUUCUUUGGAAAGCCAGCUUUCAUUUUUAGUCGCAGGUGGGAAAUCACCUGGCCAUUUAAGUUAAAUUCUUUUGUUGGCCCGUGGCAAGGACUGCAUCUUUCCAACAGUCAGCUGGCAGAAAUGCAGCAAAAGGAGGUGGCGCCCAGCCGAUUGGGAGAUCAACGAAGGCCUAAGAUAUUUCUGACAGCAGUUUAUAAUGUACACGAGCAAAAUGUACCAUCGUCGUCCUCAAAAGUUUUUUAAUGGAAGAGAUGUAUGUCUACAGAAGAAACUAUUUGACUCGCAAA